GUCGGCUGGGGCGGUCCCCCGCGCUUUAAAAUAAUGCCCGCGGCCGCCGCGCCACCAUGCAAUGGCGAGCGCUCGUCCUGGGGCUGGUGCUGCUGCGCCUGGGCCUGCACGCCGUGCUGUGGCUCGUCUUCGGGCUGGGGCCCAGCAUGGGCUUCUACCAGCGCUUUCCGCUCAGCUUCGGCUUCCAGCGCCUGACGGCUCCGGACGCGGGCUCGCCGGCCAGCGCGGGGCCGUCGUGGCUGCAGCGGCCCGGGGAGGCGGCGGCGAGGCGGCUGGAGGCUCCGCGGCGCCCCGGGCCCGGCGUGUGCGGCUCUGCGCACUGGGGCUACGCGCUGGGCGGCCGCGGCUGCGGCCCGGACGAGUACGAGCGGCGCUACAGCGGCGCCUUCCCGCCGCAGCUCCGCGCCCAGAUGCGCGACCUGGCGCGCGGCAUGUUCGUCUUCGGCUACGACAACUACAUGGCGCACGCCUUUCCCCAGGACGAGCUCAACCCCAUCUACUGCCGCGGCCGGGGGCCCGACCGCGGGGACCCUUCAAAUCUGAACAUCAAUGAUGUCCUGGGGAAUUAUUCUUUGACCCUUGUUGAUGCAUUGGACACACUUGCAAUAAUGGGAAAUUCAUCCGAAUUCCAGAAAGCAGUCAAGUUAGUGAUCGACACUGUUUCAUUUGACAAAGAUUCCACCGUCCAAGUCUUUGAGGCCACGAUAAGGGUUCUGGGAAGCCUUCUUUCUGCUCAUAGAAUAAUAACUGACUCCAAGCAACCCUUUGGUGACAUGACAAUUGAGAAUUAUGAUAACGAAUUGUUGCACAUGGCCCAUGACCUGGCUGUGCGGCUCCUGCCUGCCUUCGAAAACACCAAGACGGGGAUCCCCUAUCCUCGUGUGAAUCUAAAGACUGGUGUUCCUCCCGACAGUAAUAAUGAGACAUGCACUGCAGGGGCCGGGUCUCUCCUGGUAGAAUUUGGGAUUCUGAGCCGGCUGCUGGGGGAUUCCACAUUUGAAUGGGUUGCCAGACGAGCAGUGAAAGCCCUCUGGAGCCUUCGGAGCAAUGAUACUGGAUUAUUAGGCAAUGUUGUGAACAUCCAGACGGGUCGUUGGGUUGGAAAGCAAAGUGGCUUGGGCGCUGGGCUGGACUCUUUCUAUGAAUACCUCUUGAAAUCUUACAUUCUCUUUGGAGAAAAAGAAGACCUAGACAUGUUUAAUGCUGUGUAUCAGAGCAUUCAGAGCUACCUGAGGAGAGGGCGGGAAGCCUGCAAUGAAGGAGAAGGAGAUCCCCCACUCUACGUCAAUGUCAAUAUGUUUAGCGGGCAGCUUAUGAACACCUGGAUUGACUCUUUGCAGGCUUUCUUCCCUGGACUGCAGGUUCUGAUAGGAGAUGUGGAAGAUGCCAUCUGCCUCCAUGCCUUCUACUAUGCCAUCUGGAAACGUUAUGGGGCCCUCCCUGAGAGGUAUAACUGGCAGCUACAAGCCCCUGAUGUUCUCUUCUAUCCACUGAGACCCGAGUUGGUAGAAUCCACAUAUCUCCUCUACCAGGCAACCAAGAAUCCCUUCUACCUCCAUGUAGGAAUGGAUAUUCUGCAGAGUCUGGAGAAGCACACCAAAGUCAAAUGUGGGUACGCCACGCUGCAUCAUGUCAUAGACAAGUCUAAAGAGGACCGGAUGGAGAGCUUCUUUCUCAGUGAGACCUGUAAAUACUUGUAUCUGCUCUUUGAUGAAGAGAAUCCAGUACACAAAUCUGGAACCAGAUACAUGUUUACCACAGAAGGCCACAUCAUAUCUGUGGACAAGCAUCUUCGGGAAUUGCCCUGGAAGGAAUUCUUUUCUGAAGAUGGAGGAAGGGACCAGGAGAGAAAGUUUGCACACAGGCCUAAAUCUCAGGAGUUCAGAGUCAUCAACUCCAGUUCUAAUUGCAAUCGUGUUCCUGAUGAGAGGAGAUACUCCUUACCCUUAAAGAGCAUCUACAUGCGACAGAUUGACCGGAUGGUUGGCUUGAUUUGACCUGCUUGCCUCAGUAUGGUCUGAACUUAACCCGUACCCAUGGAGGUAGAAGAGGUGGAGUCUGUCCAUCAUGACAGUGUAGAAAUUUCUGUCUAGCUCCUCACCCACCUCUGGGUAACUCUUGCACACUUCAGUGUUUCCCUUCUGUUUAAUAAAAUGCCUUUUUCUUUC